AAUAGUGAGUUAGUUGGGUGUUGUUGGGCUAGCCGAGAGCUUUGACCUCUAUCUCUUGCGGACUUGGACUUGGGCCUAAUACUUCUGGGUAAUGUGUACGCAUCGUGGUCGUAUGCUUUGGGCGGGGGAAUGUACAGGUUGAAGGAGAGCAAAAAAAAGUUAUUGGUGACGUAACGUGUGGUUUCUUUUUCUGGAUCGGGCGAAGGCCGGGCUUAUUCAAAGAAGAAGAGAGCGCUGCUGAAGCUAGCGAGAUGUCUGUCUGUGGUCAUUCCAGUUCGUGCUCUCGCGGUGACCACCGGUGUCAGUGAAGAAGUCAAGUGCAACCGCGAGGUAGCUUUCGUUGUCGGGUGCCCGUGAGAAGUGAGAUGGUUAUUGACUUGGGGCAAUUCAGAAGAAAACAGGAAAUCGAACGACCUGUCCACCCGGUGCGGAGUUAUUUUUAUUAGAGCUCGGUAUUGUGUGACGACGAAUUACAGUUAUAACUAUCUGUUGGGAGUGUUGGGUUUGGGUUUUUGUGCCGUUUCGUUGUGAGGAAGAGGAAGAUUGGAAUUGGAAUAAGCAUUGAGAGGAACCGUUCCCUGUGACAUAUUUUCCCCCGCAGCUAUUACAUUCAUAUAGCCGAACCUGCAACAGAUGAAGCUGGAACCGGGAUCGCAACCGUUCGAUGACAGUAGCAGCAAAUCGAUGGCCGGAAGUGGAUCGGGGGUCGGCGCCGGAACUCUGCAGCACCUUUCCUCCCUCAACAGCAUGAGCAUCGAGCUGUGUCUGGUGUGCGGCGAUCGGGCUUCCGGUCGGCACUAUGGGGCCGUUAGCUGCGAAGGUUGCAAGGGUUUCUUCAAGCGAUCGAUUCGCAAACAGCUCGGGUACCAGUGCCGGGGGUCGAUGAACUGCGAGGUGACGAAACAUCAUCGCAACAGGUGCCAGUACUGCCGGCUGCAGAAGUGUCUGGCGUGCGGAAUGCGAAGUGAUUCGGUUCAACAUGAGCGGAAACCGAUUAUCGACAAGAAGGACGGUCAAUCGGGACCGAAUCCAAACAGCAAAUACAACCCGCACCGCAACAAAGAAUAUCACAAUGAGCAGAAAGCGAGUGCCGCAGCUGCUGCUUCCUACCUGAACAUCUUCCCCGGCUUCAACCUGGCCGAAUUCACGGCUAACCUGAGCAAAAGGACUAGCAAAUCUCCACCGGUUUCGUCCCAUCUGUCCUCGACCACAACCACUUCGACGCCACCAAAUCCUUUUAGCAGUAUUCACUCUCUGAAACAACAACAGGAAGAACGUCAACCAACUCCGGCCGAUUCAAUCGCUGCCCUCAUCGGACUGAACACGACGGCAGCAGCGGCCGUCGCAAUGUCCAGCCUUGGUCCUCCCCCGCAACAACAGUCACCCUCAAUCGAUCCCCCGGAAAUGCCUAGCAAACCUUCCCCCUCCCUACCUCUUCCCAUGGACACCAGUGACGGCCUGCAAAACAGUUCCCUAGAGAAGAACCUCAUCUGCAACUCGCUCGAGUUCAUCCAGAACCUGGAACACGAGCUGAACAACAACGUCAACAACAACUACGGCAUCAAAUCCGAGCAUCUCGGAAACGGGCGCUCGGUUCCCACGCUGGGCCUUGACGAUCCGGAUCGGGACGAACAGGACUGCCUCAACUUCGACUACGGGUCUCUGGAACUGUCCGAUAGCUGCAUCAGCUUCGACAUUCAGGUCCCCAAUGUGCUACCCAACUAUCUGAGCGCCCAUUACGUGUGCGAGACGGGAUCCCGGCUGCUUUUUGCCACCGUUCACUGGAUGAAGAAGAACCACCUGUUCGGGAUGUUGAGCGACUCCUUCCAAUCGGAGCUGCUGCGGCAAACCUGGCCGGAGCUGUUCAUGAUCGGGCUGGCCCAGAGCAGUGGGCAACUUUCGUUCAACACCAUCAUGCUGGCCCUGAUCCAGUACAUGAAAACGCUGAUCCUGAACAAAAAGUACGGCAACGACGUUAUCAACUAUCUGAUCAAAUACGUGCUGCUGAUCCAGGAGUUUGUUUCGGAACUUCAGAAGCUCAAUCUCACGGAUCAGGAGUACGCCUAUAUGCGACUGUUGUGUGUUUUCAAUCCCGACAACGUCCUUCAGAACAACGUUAAAAACCAAAAUUUAGCAAAAAUUCAGGACAUGGUUCUGGCCAGCUUCCGGGACUACUACAAGAACAAGCACAGUCGCCUGAUGGCAAGCGGAAGUGAGGAGAACAUUCGAGGCAACCUGGGCGAUGAAGAUGACGAUGAUGACUAUUAUGAAUCGAGUCAUCGACGGGUUCAGCAGCAACGACCCAAUCUGGAACAGAGGCUGGUGACGGUGCUCAUGAAAUUGCCUACCCUGAGGGCGUUGAACUCCAAGAAAGACCUAGAGGAUUUGUUCUUCAGCAAUUUGAUCGGUCAGGUGCAGAUAGAACACGUGCUGAUGUACAUACUACAGACCAGUGACGGGGCUGCCACUUUUGCCGAAUUAGUGCGGAAUUACGGAGCAAGCGCCUUGGUUGGUUCCGGUGGGUCUCACGGAAUGGACAGUGAUGAUUGAACUAGCAGAACCUUAUAAUUUAAAGCAAAAACGUUGAAUGAUUUGUGGGUCUAGUGAAUGUACAGAACUUUUUUUACGUUGACGUAUUGCUAUGACGUUCUAUCCAGUGCCCACCCUAUUUGUCACAUGUAUUCAUGAUUUCAUUUAAUAUUUAAAGUAUUAUUGUGUAAAGUUUACUAAGAAAAACCACCGACUCAAACAGAACUUAAACGACUAAAAUGUGGCCUCCAGUAAUAAACUAUCAACAGAUGACUGAAAAUGGACUAUGAAAACAAUAACAAAAAAGUAAAACUUGUCCAACUCUCAAAACGUGCAACAGGCCUGUUGAACAGGCUGAAAAAAAAAUUCUGAUAAAUAUGAAUACAAGUCGCUUCCAAAGGUUUCAUAUGAUAGCAUAAUUUUUUCCUCUUCUACUAACCUCUUACCAAGCUGCAAUAGUAACAUUUAGUAUAUUCGAUAACUGCACGAUUACUUUUAAUUAGCUCUCCAGCUUAUGAGCUUGUAACUAUACUACAGGCUCAGCCAGGAGAAAAAAAAGUAUUAAUCAACAAACUAGAAAUUAAGAAUUUAAAAACCGUUCUGUUGAAAUCCUUAAGGAAUGAUUUACUUAAUAUUUAACAUACAUGCGUAGUUUGAAAAACCUGAUCGAACGUAAAAGUUUCGAGGAUCAAUUGAACAGUGAAGCUAGUAAAACUAAAAAAAAAUGAAUAAAUGAAUCAAAUCAAAAGAGGGUAUCGUACCUGCAGAUUAUAUUUGACAAAGUUAAGCGAAUGUAUUUAGGCCGUACAAUGUUAGCGAAUGACAUUCGUUAGUUCGUUCAUCCACCACACGGCUCUAAGAUUAUGAUGACAUGAAACAUGUGUGCGUUAAGGAUACCCUUUAGGAACUGAAUAGUGUACUUUAGGAGAAGCGAUUAAUAAUGUUAUAGAAUUUGUAAAUUUUAAGAAAAUACAAUAACAUAUUUCAUAAUGAUUUAAGAAAUAAACGCGUACUGUUAAUAAGAAAAAAGUGAGUCUAUCUAAUUGAUUUUUUUUUGUAUCGAAAGGCAGAAAACUUAAAGACAGAAACAAAAAUGAGGUAAGGAGG